AUGGAAAAAGAAAAGUCACCAAAAAGAUCGGACUUGCAAGGAAUACGUGGUAUCGCUAUAAUUGUAGUACUUGGCUUCCACUUUUUCCCGGAUGCAUUUCCAAAUGGAUAUCUCGGAGUUGAUCAAUUCUUUGUUCUAUCCGGAUUUCUAAUGUGCAUGCUGCUCAAACGUGCUGAAAAUCAGUCAUUAAUUUCUCUAGUCAGUACAUUUUACGUCAAAAGAUUCAAGCGAAUCCUUCCACUUUAUCUGCUUGUCAUCUUGCUUUCUAUGGUUGCUCUGUAUAAUUUCUUCCCUGAGACCACUGUUGAAAGUAACAAAAAGUCGGCGAUGGGUGCACUACUAUUUGUGUCGAACAGACCUAAAACUGCACAGGAGGAUUAUUUUCAAAUGCUUUUCUCCGCCGUCGACAUCUUCACUCACACCUGGUCGUUAUCAUUGGAGAUUCAGUUUUACUUCUUGGUUCCAUUCAUCUACAUUUUUGGAACUAAAAUAGCAAAGAAGUUUCACAAUGUGUAUUAUGGAAUUUUAGGUCUCUCCUCUCUCGUAUUUUACUACUCAUCUCCCCCGACUGUGGCGUUCAAUAACAUGUUUGCAAGGGUCUGGCAGUUUUUGAUAGGCAUGAUCGUCUAUCGGAUGGGACACGACAAAAAGAUCACUACUAAAAGUUUGAAAAUUUUCCAAGAGGACUACACGCCUGGAGAAGAAAGACGUCAGAGAUUUAUGUGCAAUACAGCAUUGAUAUUUCUUCUCAUCAUAACCAUGUUCCCCUUUUUGCUAUCAUCUUAUAUUUUUAGACCCCUAAUCACACUUGGUACUGGCCUACUAAUGCUUGUUUCUUCCAACAAUGUAUUGUUAUCGGUAAAAGGAUUGACUUAUAUUGGAGAUAUAUCAUACUCCCUUUAUCUAAUCCAUUGGCCAAUUUAUGCAUAUUGGAAGCUGACGUGUGAUGGAGAUUCAUACUUACUAAUCAGUGCUCUGGUUGCGUCUUGUAUUCUUGCUGUAAUCACAUUUGAAACUUUCGAGAAGUGGUACCUAAAACUUCCAAAUGCUCAAAUGGUCGCACUGAUCUCCAUUUUAUUUAGUCUAAACUUAAUCAUCAUUGAUAAGGAUGCAAUGUAUGUGCAAUCAGGUCAUAGGAACAACUCCGAUCCGGAUUUUGUCUCCAGCGAAAUGACUAUUGAUGAUGCAUUGAAGCUCAACUAUAGAUGGAGUAUCAAUGAUCACAGUAACUUGGAUUCUCCCACGUGUAUUUUUGACUCAAGUUCCAAUCAGAAUAUGUGGUGUCGACAUUCGGGUCUUUCUAAAACCGGUCUAUACAAGAUGGCUAUAAUUGGGAAUAGCUGGACCGCAAAUCACGCUAAAAUGUUCUAUGAAGAAUGUGGAGGAAAUGCGAAAAGCAUCUUACAAGGCGCCGCAUUUGGCUGUGAAGCUCUAUAUCCUAGCAUGAAAAAGCCAGAAUGUAUGGACAAUUUUACGCAAUUUGCGGAGCAUCUGGCCGACGAACAACCGGAUUAUGGAUUUAUUUUCACACGACACAUGACAAUUGGAGACCCGUUAUCUCAGGAACCGGAAAGUUUCGAUGAAGAUCCUAUUUAUCAAAUUAUGAAAGCUCAGAUGUUUAAAUUUGUCUCGAAUAUCAAACAUAAGCUUUACAUUCUUGAUGCAAUUCCAAGGGUUCAAGUAGGUGUCGCAUCGAGAGUGGCAACGAUGAUGAAAGAAGGUAGCAGCCCAAAAAGUAUUGAUAACGCCUUGGUGGACACAAAGGGCUACGAGUUGGCAAGAAAACGACAUGCACAACUCGUGGAAGACUGCAACGGAAAAUGUGUUCUCGUUGAUUAUGCUCCAGAGUUUUACAAUCACUCCAGUGGAACUUUCCGAUAUUUCGACAGGAAUGGGUUUUCUUACAUGACGUUCGGCAAUCACCUCUCACCGUACGGAGUUGAACGGAUUCGGCACAUCUGGACACGGAUUUGCUCAAAUCUUGGAUAA